AUAAUUGUUCAAGCAAUGAAUGAACAAACUCCUGUUCGCGUUAGCCGGGCUUCCGUGACACUAGCUGUGUUUGGCAGGGGUUUGCCUUCCUCAGCCAAUCUCUGCAGGCUAUCGAAGCUUCCGAGCCUUUCAGGGCCUUGCUCCUAGCUCUUCUUGCUCCAAUCGUAAGCAGGACUUUACUGGGAAGGGACCAACGGGUGCGGGCGGGAGGCGGGGCCUGCCACGCGGCCGCGGUAUAAUUGCGCUGCCCGCGCGCGCGCUUCUCUCCUGGCGCGGACACCGGCGCGGGUGAUGGCUGCUCCUUCCCUCGUGUCCACGUUGGCCAUCCGGCUGCUCCGGCCCGCGCAGAACUGCCGCCUCCGUCAUCGCCCCUUCCACCUCUCGGUAGCUCGAAAUGAAGCUGUUGUCAUUUCUGGAAGGAAACUUGCACAGCAGAUCAAGCAGGAAGUGCGGCAGGAGGUGGAAGAAUGGGUGGCAUCGGGCAACAAGCGGCCACACCUGAGCGUGGUUCUGGUUGGUGAAAAUCCUGCGAGUCACUCCUACGUCCUCAACAAAACCAGGGCAGCUGCAGAAGUGGGAAUCAACAGUGAGACAAUUGUGAAACCAGCUUCAAUUUCAGAGGAAGAACUGUUGAAUUUAAUCAAUAAACUAAAUAAUGAUGAUAAUGUAGAUGGCCUCCUUGUUCAGCUGCCUCUUCCAGAGCACAUGGACGAGAGAAAGAUCUGCAAUGCCGUUUCUCCAGACAAGGAUGUUGAUGGCUUUCAUGUAAUUAAUGUAGGGCGAAUGUGUUUGGACCAGUAUUCCAUGUUACCGGCUACCCCAUGGGGUGUCUGGGAAAUAAUUAAGCGAACUGGCAUUCCAACCCUGGGGAAGAAUGUGGUUGUGGCUGGGAGGUCAAAAAACGUUGGAAUGCCCAUUGCAAUGCUACUACACACAGAUGGGGCUCACGAGCGCCCUGGAGGCGAUGCCACUGUUACAAUAUCUCAUCGAUACACUCCCAAAGAGCAACUGAAGAAACAUACAGUUCUCGCAGACAUUGUGGUCUCUGCUGCAGGCAUUCCAAAUCUGAUCACAGCAGAUAUGAUCAAGGAGGGAGCAGCAGUCAUCGAUGUGGGAAUAAAUAGAAUUCAAGAUCCCAUCACUGCUAAACCCAAGUUGGUUGGAGAUGUGGAUUUUGAAGGCGUCAGAAAGAAAGCCGGUUACAUCACUCCAGUCCCUGGGGGUGUUGGUCCCAUGACAGUGGCGAUGCUAAUGAAGAAUACCAUUAUUGCUGCAAAAAAGGUGCUGAGGCUUGAAGAGCGAGAAGUAUUGAAGCCUAAGGAGCGUGGAGUUGCUACUAAUUAACUGUUGUGUCUUCUGUCACAAACAACAGUCCAAGCCAGUUCAAGAGGCAAAACAGGCCAAUAGAAAUGCAAUAUUUUUUAUUUAUUUUACCGAAAUGGUUUAAAAUGAUGCUUUGUAUUUAUUGAAAGCUUAAAUGGUUGGGAGUUUGUGCACAGAACUCUGCAGUACCUCACCACGGAGCACGCCAGUAUCAUGCUGGGUCGUGUGAUCCAGCCAAGAGAAGCCAUCAACCUAGUGAUUAACAUGGAGGACAUUGUCACAGUGAGAACGGAUGUUUAACUUUGUCAAGCCACUUCAGUUAAAAUUUGCCUUUUCUAGGAUUGCAUUUCCCAAGUGCUAUUCCAAUAAGAGUUGAUACUCACUUUAGGUUCCAAACCUUUUGAGUUCAACUGGUUAAACCAAAGGAAAAGUGUUGCUAGAGAAAAUUAGGGAAAAGGUAAAAAGGAAGAAAUGGUAAUUGAGUAGAAAAAAAUUACUCUAAUUUACAUACAUAAUGUAUGUAAAAACUACAUGUUAAUGGUGUCCUAAGCUGUCAUUUCAUGGCUGAGUGUUGGGAAAAUGUUUAGGGUGGUUCCAUGUGUUGUUAGUCCUCGUUUUAUGUGCAUUACAUUCAUGAGGUUUCCCAUUUUUUUCUAGGAUUGAAAGGCUUAUUUUAUAGAUUUGUGUGUAUUGUCAUAUUUGGCUUUUCCUAUAUCCUUAAACUUCAUUGUUACAUCUUUGUACUGUUGAGGGUGUCUGUAUGUUUCCUUGAUAUAUCUUGAAACUAUUUUUGAAAAACAAAACUCGGGCUUGAUAAUCAUUAGGGCAGCUUAUAGAAGUAUGCAACUUACUUUUCCACCAAAGACUUGUCAGCAGCUGCCUGCUUUGAUGUAACCUGUUGGCUUUCCCCGAUGGGUUUUUGAGAACUUAAUAUUGAAUUUAAUCAGACUUUCUGAUUAAAAGGGUUUUCUGUGUGUGUGUGUGUGUGUGUGUUUCCCCAUUUUUUUUUUUUUUUUUUAAUAAAACACUUCUGACUGGUGUGGAAUGAGUUUCCAAAAUACCGUAUCUUCCUGCUACAGUUUUAGUUGUGUCCUAAUCACAGUUAAUCUUUUUCAUUGGAUGUAACUGACAUAGAUAUUCUUGUAUUCGGUGACACCUAAUCCUGUGCCUUAAAUUGAUACAAAGCACGGUGGAGAAACAAGUCUAGUCCUUUUAGUCUUACAUCCCAACAGAUUGUGCCAAGCCAGGAGCUUAAUCUGUAAGAUUCAUGUCAGUGGUUAGGCCUAUUCUAGGUGCUGUCUAAACCAUGCAGUUCAAUGUACACAUUGUUGGAUUUACACGGCCCUUCUUGAUGUGCUUGCCAUUGCCCCCCUUCACUCUGCCCCCUUCCUCUAUAUACAUUUAUUUUUUUCGAUGUGUGUGUUUGAUUUGACAGAUUGGAAGGUGUUUGCUGUGCGCAUUUUGAGUCUGGGACAGGUGCCUGUGUAUCCUCUCUUCUCUACCAGGACUGGGUAUUUUGGCUUCCAAGCAGGCAGAUGAUGCAGCUCCUGUUCCAGGCAGCUUGAGAUAGAGAAAGAACAAGGAGAGAGUAAGUCAACUUAAGUUACUUACUUACUUACUUGAGUUGACUUAUUCCCUCCUUGUUCUUCUGCCAACUGCCUUCUUCUUUUUUAAAUGUUUAUUCGUUUCUGAGAGAGAGAGUUGGGGAGACAAAGGAUCUGAAGUGGGCUCUGUGCUGACAGCAGAGCCUGAUGCAGGGCUUGAAGUCACAAACUGCAAGAUCAUGACCUGAGCUGCUGAAGUCGGACACUCAACCGACUGAGCCACCCAAGCGCUCCUGCCUUUAUUCUUUUGAUAGUUUUCUGGAGAUGUAAGAAGAUGAUAGUUUGCAAGAUGAGCAGACAGGAUUAAGUUUUAUUGAAUUAUAGUUACAAAUGGGAAAAUAGUUCUGACCUACUGCAAGGAGAAGUAACAAUAUGUCAACCUGUUAAAAGCUAUCAAAAUUACAAUGUUCAUGUGUGUACAAAAUAUAAAUGACAUAGAAGGUGGAAAUUACAGUGAUCAAUUUACAACAACAAAAAACUAACAUCAUACUUUUCCAACUUGUUUGAUUAAUCAAGCACAUUUACUCCGGAAUCCAUAACAUUCCUACAGUUUAAUUUGGACACAGUGCCAUUGGAAAUCAGCCAAGUUUUAAAAUAAAUGUUAAGGGUAGAUUGUUAGCUCUUCCAGGAUUGGUGCAGAUGAAGAUACAGAAUUUACACUUAAAUUCAGGGGAUGGUUCUGGAUUAGUGAGCAGCUUAGUCAUUCUGCUGUGAUCAAGUGGGAGAGGUUUAGAGCUUUACCUCUUGGCAGUAUCCCUUGGAAAGGAGCUCUGAGAUUUAAUAAACACUGAGAGUUUUUCCAUGGACCAGGCACUGUACAAGGCUCUGAAGAUCGCAGAGGCAAUUAGCUGUCCUAGUACCCAAAUGUUAAUGAUCUAGUGUCAUUUGUCUUUAAAAAAUAGAAAAGAAUAAAGAAAAAAGCACCUGCAUUUGUAAUCUUGAGUAAAUGUGGCGACUAACCAAAGAGAUUUACUUGAAAUUCAAAUCCAUAGUUGGUUUGGAGACAGUAAAUGUCAGAUGCGUUGCGGCUAUCAGGCACAUAGUAGGUGUUAAAUAAACAAUGUUGAUGUUUGUCAAAUGGGGAUUGAAGACAGACUGAUAGUAAGUUUCAUGCUUCUUUACUAAUGCGUCAUUAAUCUAUCCAACUUGGCUUCUAAUCAUUCCUUUAAAGUAGUAAUCUAAUACUGCAAAGUUAUAAUUUAAUAUUUUACAUUAGCUCUGCCUAACAUGCAGCAGUCAUGUGGAUGGGAGUUUGACUUUGGGAAUCAGGGCAUUGAAAACUUGUAGGAAGAGCCUACCUGAAGGUGUAAAGAAAUCUUAUUCUGGAUGUGAAAAACCAGUGCUAUUAAUUUAAAGGGUCAUUUUGUUGAUGUAACAUGUGGUUUGAAGUUUCACUUUAACAAGAACAAUUUU